AUGAGCAGUCACUCACAAACCGUAGAACUUGCGGAGGACCAAUUCUCACACUAUCCUUCCGUCACGGGCACGAAUAUGGCGCCUCGCAUUGCUAAGGAGGACGACGACCCCGUUACGGCAGAAUACGACGUCUACUUAACCCCGUCUCAAGCUGAACAGAUACUGCUUUUGCAAUACCCGAACAGAACUCGCAACCGACCAUACAACGUUCGACAUGGCGCGCGACCCCAGAAUAUUCGGAUCAAACCCGACUCCGGCUACCUCGAGGUCGAUGUCAAUCUCAACACAACUUUUAAUUUCAACAAAUUCAAGGGCCUACAAUGGGGCGACACCCUGAACACCGCCCGCGAUGUCCAGAAUGCGCAGGCCACCUACGGCCCAGCGGCCGGCUUUAGCAACGCCAAACCACGCAGCGCCGGUCGAAUACUUAACAAGAACUGGACCGAUCGCGAGCUCCAAUACGAGAACGACUUGACUCGAUUUGGCGAACUUGAGGCUGAGAGCAAAGUCCUCAAAACGCAGACGCUCGGAGGUCAGAUCAUCCGCCACAGUGCAGCAGAAGAAGCCGGCAAACCUCACUACUUCGUCGGCGCCUUUCGCGACGAUCAACUUCAUCUGACCAAAGUGGAUGGAACGGUGCAGAUGCGGCCCCAGUUCCAUCAUCUGGACGCAGAGGAUCAGCGCGCACGUCUAGCCGCCUUACGAGCUGCCGAUCUUCCUGCGCCGACUGGCGAAGCUCGUGCUUUACUUCAACGUGAGCGGAAGGUGUUCGAUGAAGUCGGGAAAGACCGCCUCGAAGAUCGGACGAAAAGGCUUCUUCUCGCCGCUGAAGCGGAAGUGUGGAGUAGGCUCGACUAUGUAGAUGAAGAUGAUCAGGCGGCUUAUGACAAGUUCCAUGAGCGCAUGUUCGUGAGCGAUGUGGAUGGUGCGUCAAGGUUAGAAAGUGCAAUGAACCAGGCUCAGUACACGGACGCGAUGAGUGCGCCGAGGAAGGAUGGGCCUGGGGUGAGGAGGCGAAAGAAGGUGGCGAAGACCAAGAAGGGGGAGACGGUGGACAUCGAUGACGGGGAUGGCGAGGAGGACGAGGAUGAGGACGAUGCACAUGGUGGUGCGCAACAGCAGUCUACUGUUGGCGACGAUUGA